CAAAAUUGCUGACACCCUCCUGUGCUGAGCAGUUCCACAGGGGCUUCCUAGGCUGAAAUUAUUAAUGAACCAUCAUUUAUUAAUUACCUUCUGCUGGGCCGGGCGGGAGCAGCAGUGGCCAAGAGGCGGCUCGGGAAUCUUCUGCGCCUUGGGAAUGUGGGAAACCCCUCGGGAUGCAACACCCGCGGUGUUCCGGGGUCCGCCGAGGCGCUGGGCGGUGGGUUUGGGGGAGUGGGGGUGGGUUUAGGAGUGGAGGUGUUUCUAAGGGGCGGUCUUUGCCCGGGGGUCUCUCCUGGAAGACAGCGGCGAUGCCGAUGUGGAGCUCCCUACAAUCCGACACCAACCCGAGGGGCUGGAGCAGCUGCUGGCUCGGACCAAGUUCACCAAGACUGAGCUUCAAUCCCUCUACCGUGGCUUCAAGAACGAAUGUCCCAGUGGCCUCGUGGAUGAGGAAACCUUCACGCUCAUCUACUCGCGGUUCUUCCCUCAAGGCGGUGAGUGGGGGGUCCCCAAACCCGGCAGGAGGGUCUGGGGGGGCCCACCCCGGAAAAUUCCCGACCGCAGUUCUGGGGGAGUCACAGAGUCACCAUCCCCCUUCUCCCGCAGAUGCCAGCUCCUAUGCCCACUUCUUGUUCGACGCCUUCGACGCCGACCGCAACGGGGCUCUCUGCUUCCAGGUGGGUAUUCCUGGUGGGAAUGGCUGUGCCAGCACCGUGAUUCAUCACAUCUUCCCCCUCCUCUUCCUCCUCCUCCUCUUCCCCCUCCCAGGCUGUGGCCAAACUCUCCCUCGCGGGUGCCGGGAGCGCCGGGCGCUGCGGCAGCGGGGGGUAAAAAUAACAGGAUCAAUAGGGAAUGAAAUCCCUCGGGCGGCCCGGGAUCGAUGUGGCCGCGGGAGGGAGGGGCAGGGGGUGAGGGUCCCUCCCCGCUCACGGCCACGACCCUUCCGGCAGGAUUUCGCGGUGGGACUCUCGGUGCUGCUGCGGGGGACGGAGCAGCAGAAGCUGAAGUGGACGUUUGACCUCUACGACGUGAAUAAGGACGGCUACGUCACCAAGGAGGUGACAGUGGGGAACACUGGGGGGCUGGUGGGGUGGGGACACCCAGACGGGGACGUGCCAGCGCUCUGUGUCCCCCAGGACAUGCUGGAGAUCAUGAAAUCCAUCUAUGCCAUGAUGGGCCGCUGCACCGAGCCCGCCCUGGGGGCCAGCGCGCCGGCCCAGCACGUGGAGCUGUUCUUCCAGAAGAUGGACAGGAACAGGGACGGCGUGGUGACUUUCGAGGAGUUCCUGGCCACGUGCCAGGAGGUGAGGGACCUUGGGGGGCAUCAUCCUCCUCCUCCUGCUUGUUCUGUCCCAAAAUGAUGUGCUGGGGACAUCAGGAGAGAGGGGAACAAAGGGGUCACCCCGGGAGGGAUGGGAGUGGGACCGGAGGGGCACAGGAGUUGGGGCUGGGAGAGGGAUGCGGGGGAAACAGGAGGAUUGUGAUGGAAAGUGUGGGAUGUGGGGGACAGGGACUAGGGAGGGGAGGGGGCAGGGGAGGGGACAGGAUGAGGGGAACAGGAGGGAGAUGACAAAAGAGUGACAAGAGGAGAGCUGGGGGGUGGGGGUCAGGAGGGGAACACGGGAUCUCUGAUCUCUCCCCCCCAGGACAAGGACAUCAUGAGCUCCAUGCAGCUCUUCCAUAACGUGCUCUAAAUCCUGCCCACCCCCCCGGAGUUUUUCUACUAUUUCAGACAGCCAAGAAGUUCAAAGGCAGAAGAAAUCCAUCAUGUGGCUCCCAGAGAUGGGAUAGGACAAGGACGAUAUUGCCACCAGAGCCCCACAGGGGAUGGCUCUGCCACCUGCCAGACAGACCCAUUUUGGGGGGGCUGAGCCUCCUCUCUGAACCCCCCACCCUUGGCGGUGCAGGGACCUGACACAGCACAAGCCCAACCCCAGGGUCCCCAGGGCAGGAGCCUGGGACACCGGGACUGCCUGGGCCCUGAGGACCCGCAGAGAUGGGACCCCCCAGGAUGUGGGGGCCCUCCGGGUGGGAGUCUCCAUAUUGCAGCCAUGACAUGGAACCCCCAAACACCAACAAAAAGCACAGCCCCUGCGCCCCCCAACACUCAGGGGUACCCUCAACUUGAAGCCACAGACCCCCCUCCACAAGAAGCGUGGAGAGGGGGGGAUUUUAUAAAUAAACCAAAUAGUGACGAUUUAGGGGUGGAAUGGAGUCAUGAGGGAUGUGAGAGACGCGCAGUGUCCCGGUCCCUGUCCUGCUCCUUGUCCCUGGCCGUGUCCCAGUCGCCUCUCCCAUUCCCACCCCCUG